CCUAGCAAUACCAAUACUCAACCCUUCCGAAUAUUUCGUCGCAAGAUUUUUCGCUAGUGCUCAAAGCUCCAAAGGCCCCAAGACUCCUUCCUGCUCAAACCUUUUUUUAUCCAUCCUUUUGCGCGGAGGCUGUUGGAGCGUUGGAUAGUGCGCGGUGCCGGCGCACUCGCUCGCAGUCCAAGAACGAAGGCAGCCUCUGUUUCCUUCCGACCGGCGAUGAGGAACCCGCCGGGCAGGCACCUCCUCUGUCUCAGCAGCCGCGCCGUGCGCUCUUCCUCCUCCUCAUCGGCGCUCGGCCCCGGACCCGGCGCUGUUACCUCCGCCGCGUCCCCACGCCCGCGCGCCAUCGCGCCCGGGCGGCCCCUGCGCGCCAGUUCCCCAUCCCCGCCUUACGCAGUCGCCGCCGCCGCGUACGUGGAGGACGGGGACUGGGAGGAGGUCGUCGCUGGGGGGCCUGGUACUGGGGAGAUGGAGGAAGAACAGGACUACAGGGUGGUGUUCUGGUCCCCGCCGACCAUAGACGAGGUUACCGGCGCAGUCACCAGCAUCCAGCAAGUAUUUGAGAAUCCUCUUGGACUGGAUUCAGAUACAACUGACAGACAGACAACACUACUGUCUGCAUCAGGACAUUCAUCUGGAAAUUCAUCAGGAUCAGAUGACUGGAUUGAACCUGCUGCCUAUGUUCUUAACUCAACUGCUCUUCUGUCAAGGGAACAUAGGAAUGUUGUGGAUGCUUUCCGUCUGUUGCAAAAGGAUCCCACCGUUCAGAAAAUGGUUAUGUCUUUGUCAUGCGAUAAGGCUGUUUGGAAUGCUGUCAUGAAUAAUGAGGCAGUUCAAGAUUUCAGGAGAUCUUUACACGAUGGAAAAGAAAAUGAUAGAAACGAAAACACUGGUGGUCCUGCUGAAGUGCUUAAGUGGAUCCUGGAAAGCGCCCAGGCAAAAAUAGUUGAAUUCCUAGAGAAUGUUCAGAAGAUAAUCAACAUGCUGAUCCACACUCCAGAGGAUGAUGAUAAUCCAGAUGGAUACAGCGAUGCAGUUAAGGUGUCGUUCAUGCUCACGGUAUUCGUCUUCAUCGUGGUGGCCAUUGCUCGUAUCAAUUAUGAACAUUGGGAUUACAAAGUGUGGUGAGGCGAGAUUCUGGCAUCCUACAAGCCCGUCUAUAUAUGUUUUGUAGAACACACCAAAGUUCGAUAACUUAUCCUACACACAGUUUUACUCAAUGCUUUGGCUGUAUCAUUUCAUCCCGGCAGAUCAUGCAAGGGAAUGUUGUUCUGGGUCAUAUUUGUGUUGUUCGACUUUGGAGCCGGAUGGACCUCUGUAGCUACACUUCCUUACUCCAGCAGUCCAGCGCCAGCAAAUUUCAUGUUUGCAGUCCAUUUUAAGCAUACAGCAUUAACUGUUGGAAUAGCCUGUAUAAAUGUUACUUGAGGAAAUU